CGCCGGCGCCCACCCCCGCGGGGACCCGGCGCUGGGCGGCAUCGCGCGGGACGUGGUAGCUGUCCACAUGCUUAAACUGUACGAGCGCUACAACCGGGAGGGCAGCCGGCCGGGGGACGGCAACACGGUCCGCAGCUUCCGAGCCAGGCUGGAACUUUUAUCCCAGAAACCCCUAUACUGCUUCAAUCUGACGUCAAUGCAGGAUUCAGAGAUGAUCCUUGCUGCCACGUUUCACUUUUAUUCUGACAAACGCCCCCGCCAUCGAGAAGUGUUCUGCAAGCGGUCCAAGAACUCAUCUUGCCGCCUCCUCCACUUGCCCCAGAUCCCAAAGCUCAACCUUAUUUUCCAAAGCAUCCCCCAGAACUCUGCCUAUGGGCUGGUCAAAGGGAAUGUGACUGUGUUUCCCCAAAGGCGGGGGUCAUGGCAAGUGAAGGACAUCUCACACAUCAUAAAUGAAUCAAAGCUGGCUGGAGAACUUAUUCUCUGUGCAGAACUUGACUCUGGAGAGAAAUACCAGGGAAUACCUGAGCAGGUUGCUCGCCAUUUUCCAUACAUACUUGUUUAUGCCAAUGAUUUAGCAAUAGCUGAACCUAACAGUGUGGCAGUCACCCUCCAACGAUAUGACCCUUUCCCUUCCAGUGACAGAGACCCAAGCCUGUCUCCCAAUGCUUCUUCAGACACACGCGUGAGGAGGGACACAUACCUUUCCAGCUCCAUCCAGAACAACGAGUUGCCUGAGGUGGAAUAUAUCAACAAUGAUUACAAUAAACAAGACAUAUGGGAAAGUGCCUACAAGUCCCUAAAACCAAGAACCUCACGUAAGGAUCGCAGGAGGAAAGGGCAUGAAAAUACUGAAACACUCACAAAAUCUCAGAUGCUGAAUUUUGAUGAGAAAACAAUGAAGAAAGCAAGACGGAAACAAUGGAAUGAGCCUAGGAUUUGCUCUAGAAGAUACAUGAAAGUUGACUUUGCUGAUAUUGGCUGGAAUGAAUGGAUCAUAUCUCCCAAAUCAUUUGAUGCCUAUUACUGUGCAGGGGCUUGUGAAUUUCCAAUGCCCAAGAUUGUCCGACCAUCGAAUCAUGCUACAAUCCAGAGCAUUGUAAAAGCAGUAGGAAUCAUUCCAGGCAUUCCAGAACCCUGCUGCGUUCCUGACAAAAUGAACUCCCUCAGCGUCCUGUUCUUAGAUGAGAACAAAAACGUCGUUUUGAAGGUAUAUCCCAAUAUGUCUGUUGAGACCUGUGCCUGCCGAUAAGUCUUUACAAAUAAACCUUCAAUGCAACCAACACAUUCUGCUUGACUACACUGGGAAAGUUGUGAAUGGGAAAUGACUUAGACUGUGUUUGUGAAUGAAUCCAAACCCACAUCUCCUUCUACAGAAAAAAUGCAGAGACACUAUAGCAGCACACAUGUUCACCUCUAAGGACCUUAAAUGUCAUCAUUUGUCUUGCAAAGUAACGAUUCACCUUCCAGAAAUUCCAGACUUUUCAAAUCUAUUUUAACCAAUCUAGCUAAGAAAUCUGAUCAUUUUUACUUAAGUUUACCGUAACUGGAGGACUAAAAUACAUUUUUAUAUACUAUUUUCCUGGCUAUUUUACUUUCCAGCUAACCAAGAAGAUGGGAACAGACUUUGCAAAAGCAAGCGUAUUUUAGAAUAUUGCUUUUUUACACAAAUCUUUUUGCCUAAAAUUCAUACCUUUAGUCCACAUAUUUAUACUGAAAAAAUGCUGUAAUAAAGGGCUUAAUAUACAUAUUUUCCUUCAGGAUUCAAAUGUAGUGCACUGUAUAAGCUUUUAUAUAUUCAGUAUAUUAAUAUAACUAUUUUUGGUUACCUUUCCAUAAUAUAUACUUUGUUUUACAAAAGAUGUAACACUAUCCCACUGUCAUUUCUGUGCUGGUUAAUUUCAGGUUCUUAAACAUAUAUAUUCUCUGAAUAACACAUACUAUAUAGUAAUAUGUUUAAAUACUAAAAAAUAACCAAGAUUUAUAUUUUUGUAAAUUAUACUUUAUAUCCUUUAGGUUGUUACAUGCUUUUAACAAAAGCUAAUAAAUUAAGGUACAGUAGUA